AUGCCAUUCAGUCAACGAUCUCAAUUAUCCAAUCUCUCCACAUGCAUGGACGACAGAUAUCUUAGUCAAGACCUGAGUCCCCAAUCUCGCCCAAUGGAUCUUUUUUCCAAAGCUUCCGACAAUCUUACUGGCAAUUGGAACUAUGACAGCGCGAUCGAUUUGUUCGCCUUGACUCCCGCCGAUAUGGAUCCAGUAUCUUUUGACUUCGCCGACAGCUUGACAAAUGGCGACACCAAAGAUCUUUUCAUGGAUCCAUUCGGAACUCCAUCUGCGAUCAACGGCUUCACCAUGCCCAACGAAGACACUGUUUCCAUGUCAUCGGACUUCGACAGCGACGAUCAAUCAUGGUCUAUGCGCCCCUCAAUCGACAUGACCGCCGAAAUUUCCGCCCCCGAAAGCCAACUCUCCACCAAGCCCACAACCCGCAGCUCAUCAUCAACACAAAACACAUCCUCAACCCGCUGGUCCUCAAGUCCAGAAAUCAAACCUCAAGAAUACACCAUCGCCCCACGCGAAAAAUCCACAUCGGCUCGCAAAACACGCAGCCUAUCCCAAGACUCCAACCACUCCACCUCCACCUCCACACAGGACCCACAAGUGCGUAAUGCCGCUAAACGGGCCGCCCACAACAUCAUCGAGAAACGCUACCGCACAAAUAUGAACACCAAGUUCCUAUCGCUGGAGAAAGCCAUUUCCCCUGCUGGUAUUGAUAAGCGGACUUCGCGUGCUGGUGCGGGGUCGUUGAAAAAGUCCGAAAUCCUGACUAAUGCUCUUGCUUACAUUGAGAGUAUUCAGCUGGAGAACCAGGCUAUGCACAAGGAACUUUCUGUGUUGAAGCAAAAUAUGGUUCCCAGCGGAAUGUGGCGACACAAGCAGUCGCGUGCUUGA